AGUAGCUAAUGGUUAUGAAGGAAGAAGAAACCGAGAUGGAGGUUCAUGUAUAAUGAAGAGGAAGAGAACAUGAUUCUGAGGUUCGAAGCUGUCCAUGACUUCGCGCCCCUUACCACAGGCGAAAUUGAGCUGCGACAAGGAGAUGUGGUAGUAAUGAAGCAGACACCGCCUGAUAAGAACGAAUGGUGGAACGGUACCAACACCCGCUCCCAACAAGUGGGCUACUUUCCCGGUAACUACGUGCGGGAAGUUGCUCCAAGUCCAGGAGCGCCCAGUAUACCGCCGCGCCCACCCCGCCCUGACAGUAUGGGUAGUGUUACAGACUCCAACAGUAAUGUGUCCGUCAACGCUUACUCUCCUCUACCUCCUACUCCUCCUACUACUACCUCUCCUGGUGCGGAGAGAGGGAGUGAGGAGCUUACGGAUCAGAUCUGGUAUUGGGGCCAGUGUUCCAGAGAGGAAGUAAAUGAAACCAUGAGAGAUAAGGAAGACGGUACGUUUUUAGUAAGAGAUGCCAUGAACGCUAAAGGACACUAUACGCUCACUUUAAGGAAAGCCGGUGUCAACAAACUGAUAAGAGUUUUACACCACGAUGGAAAGUAUGGUUUCAGUCACCCCUUAGAGUACAGUUCGGUCACCCUGCUGAUCCAGCACUUCAAAUCUAGCUCACUUAGCCAUUACAACAGUGGUCUUGACAUUUGUUUAACGCAGCCUCUACCACGACCACUGGCUCGAGGUCGUGAUGAAGCAGGGGAUCUAGAGAAUCAGUACAACACCAUAAGCGACAUGCUUGAGGAGCUCACCAAAAAUUUCGAGGGGCAGGCAAAUAAGAAGCAGGAAUAUGUAGAAAAGAUCGAGACAAUAAACAGAAUACAAACCGCCCAGCAAGAUAUUAUCAACUGGUUGUCAGCUCAAUCCGUGCUUUUCGAGGAACGAUACAAGAUGUCGUCGCAAAGUGCAUUGACUCUUAUGAACGAACAAUCAAAUGCGUUAAAAAGUCAACGGAGGACAGAAGAGCGUGUGCUCGACGAUUUAGAGUUAAAGCACAGUAUGACUCAGAGUUGCUUGCGAAAAAUUGAUAACGCAUUAAAAGCUAUAAAAUUGGAAAUAAAAGAAAACUCUAGAAAAUUACAUGAGUUGGACAGACAGCUACGAAUCAGGAAUAUAGAUCCGGACGCAAUGAGAGCGUCCUACUUGGACAAGAAGGAUUAUGCUGAUGUGGACAACUACCCUGGGUACGAGGAGCCACAGAACCUGCAGCCGCCGCCUCCCCCGGUGAUGUCAGACCAGGAGUUCCAGAUGGAGACAUACCUGAAGCAGGGUCUGUCAAGAGAACAAUACCGACAAAUCCUGCUCAAUAAACCCGAUGGCACAUUCCUCAUCCGACCCUCUAUUCAUAAACCCGGCCAGUUUACUCUGGAUAUUGUCGUUCAAGACGAAAUAAAGAAAGUAUCGAUAUUACACGAACAUAGUAAAUAUGGUUUGGUCUCUCCAACUACUUUCUCCACGAUCACCCAGUUGGUGGAACACUACCGAACCAGGUCUCUGAGGGAACACAAUCGUCAACUUGACACUCAGCUGCUCUACCCGGCCUUCGAUCCCAGGUUCAACAACUACAGAUAAUUAGCCGCAAUUAGAGUUAAAUUAUACGCUAAUUAGGACUCUAAUAAGUACACUAAUUAGAAGUUCUUAGUGUGGAUUUGAAUAAUACCGGCAGGAGGAAUCCUGUGUUAUAUAUGUAGAGUGUAGCGUGUGUAACAGCACGUUCAGAUUAUGGUUGUUAUUUUCUACAUGAAUUUUGUGAUUUGUUAUCUGUGAUGAGCGUUCAAAAUGUUAAGUUUAGUUGUAGAUCUGCUAUUUAUUUUGUUGAUUGAUCCCACUACCGCACUACGGUAGUGUUUGUUAUGGAGCAGGGUUAUAUUUAAAAGCAAACUAGUUUAAAUUCAAAGUGUUAACUUGAGUUACAGCCCACAGAGACAUAUUAUCGUGGCUACUGGCGUUUUUAUAAGCGAUGUUAUGUAAGAUUUGUGGGUUGAUUUUCUUGAAGAUUACAUCUUGACAGUUUGCUCCCUGCCCAUACCAGAGAACUGAGAAGUUACCGUGGAAUUUCUCAUCGAAAUUUGUGCGCCACAACUUCAUUAGUGUUGCGCGAAUUCUUGAAAUGUUGACAAUAUGUGAUCGGGUAGAAUCUGAAUGCAUUUUAUAUGCAGUUGAUAUUGUUCUGGGUUUGCUUGUGAAGUUGCAACCACGAUUUUAAACCUGCGAUCACAUUAAGCUACAUGAAAAAUGCUUUCAAAUACUACGAAUCUAUUACCAAUAUUCAAAGAAUUCGCUGGCCACUAAUUAAGUGGUGGCGCGCGAAUUUAUAUGUAAGAUGACCACGGUUACAAGGUAGAUGAAAGUUACUAGCCGGAUUUAUUUUUGUAAACUUGUUCGCUUGAUGUGUCCACCCUGUUUUAUAGAAUUUUAUAUUUUAAGUUCCUGACCACUGAUUUUUAAAUGCCGCAAUUUCAAUUUUUAGAACUUCACCUUCAUAAUCAUUGUCUACUUCUUUUAUCUGUAAAAGUUUAAAGAUCAACGUUUUUAGUCUUGACGGGUUACUGGUAUAACGAUUUUCCAUAAUUUUUGAAUUUAAAUAAUAUUAUCUAAAGAUCCCUAUGAACACUAAAAACAAUUUCACCUGGCAGACCCUGUUGUAGGACAAUGAUUUCAUACCGUGAAAUUCUGGCUAGCAUGAUUUUUUUUGUCAAAAGCUGAUUCCGAAGUAUUGUGAACCAGUCUUGUUCUAUACAUAGUGUUAUUUCGGAAUUGCCUAUUAAAAUACAAUCUGGAGACAUGUUGAGGUCCUACGAACCACUUAAUUUUGGAUGGGUUUAUAAUAUGACCUUUUUUGCCAAUGUGCGAUCGGAAUCGACCGUCUUUGACUGUGCUGCAGGUUCGACUUUGGUUAUGCCAUUAAUCAUCUUUAACCUUUAAAUAUGACUGAAUUGAUUUUCUCUAAGUUGAUUAAAUUGCUUUGUUAUUGUGUGAUUUAAAUCUGAUUUAACAUACCCAGUUUUGAAGAA